AUGUCCUUUCACCAGGAGCCAGGAGCCAGGACCCAGGUAUUGUACCAGCACCCAGGUCUUCCACCAGGAGUCAGCACCCAGGCCUUGCACCAGGAGCCAGGAGUCAAGAACCCAGGCCUUCCACUGGGAACCAAGAACCAGGCCGCCCAGGAAUUUGGCCUUGAACUAGACCCAGACCCAGGCCUUCCAUCAGGAGCCAGGACCCAGGAUCCACGCCUUCCAUCAGGAGCCAGGAUCCAGGACCCAGGACUGAGGCCUUCUACCAGGAGUCAGCACCCAGGCCUUGUACCAGGAGCCAAGACUCAGAACGCAGGCCUUGCACCAGGAGCCAGGAGCCAGGACCCGGGCCUUGCACCAGGAGCCAGGACCCGGGCCUUCCACCAGGACCCAGGAAUCUGGCCUCGAACUAGGACCCAGGACCCAUGCCCUUUCACCAGGAGCAAGGACCCAGGACCCAGGACCCAGGUAUUGUACCAGGAUCCAGGACCCAGGAUCCAGGCCUUCCACCUGGAGUCAAGACCCAGGCCUUCCAUCAGGAGCCAGGAGUCAGGACCCAGGCCUUGUACCAGGAACAAGGAUCCAGGACCUAGGACCAAGGCCUUCAUCAGCAGCCAGCACCGAGGACCCAUGCCCUUUCACCAGGAGCCAGGACCCAGGACCCAGGACCCAUACCCUUUCACCAGGAGCCAGGACCAAGGACCCAGGACCUUUCACCAGGAGCCUGGACCAAGCACCCAGGAUCCAGGUCUUGUACCAGGACCAAGGAUCCAGGACCCAGGACCAAGGCCUUCAUCAGAAGCCAACACCAAGGACCCAGGCUUUGCACCAGCAUCCAGGAGCCAGGACCCAUGCCCUUUCACCAGGAGGCAGGACCAAGGACCCAGGAUCCAGGUAUUGUACCAGGACCAAGAAUCCAGGAUCCAGGAGUCAGGACUCAGGCCUCUCAUCGGGAGCCAGGAGUCAGGACCCAGGCCUUCUACCAGGAGCCAGCCCUAGGACCAAGGCCUUCCACCAGGAACCAGGACCCAGCACCUAGGCCCUUUCUCCAGGAGCCAGGACCAAGGACCCAGAAUCUAGGCCUUGUACCAGGACCAAGGAUCCAGGAGCCAGGAGUCAGGACCCAGACCUUGCAUCAGGAGCCAGGACCCAGGAUCCAGCCUUUCCACCAGUACUCAGGACCCAGAACCCAGGGCUUCCCACCAGGAGCCAAGACCCAGGAUCUAGGCCUUGUAGCAGGACCAAGGACCCAGGACCCAGGACCAAGGCUUUGUACCAGGAGCCAGCACCCAGGAGCCAGGACUCAGGCCUUCCACCAGGAGUCAGGACAAAGUACCUAGGCCUUGUACCAGGAACAAGGAUCCAGAACCUAGUACAAGGCCUUCUACCAGGAGCCAGCACCUAGGACCAACGCUUUCCACUAGGAACCAGGACUGAGUAAUCUGGUCUUGAACUAGGACCCAGGACCAAGGAUCCAGGACCCAGGCCUUCCACCAGGAGCCAGCUCCUAGGACCAAGGCCUUCCACCAGGAACCAGGAACCAGGACCCAGGAAUCUGGCCUUGAACUAGGAUCCAGGACCCAUGCCCUUUCACCAGGAGCCAGGAGUCAGAACCCAGGCCUUGCACCAGGAACUAGGAAGGAUGACCUAGGACUCAGGCAUUCCACCAGGGGCCAGGACCCAGGAUCCAUGCCUUCCACCAGGAGGUAGGACAAAGGACCCAGGAACCAAGCCUUCUACCAAGAGCCAGGAUGGAUGACUUAGGACCCAGGCCUUCCACCAGGAGUCAGGACACAGGAACCUACACCUAGGCCUUCCACCAGGAACUAGAACCUAGGAUCCAGGCUCCAGGCAUUCUACUAGGUCCCAGGAUCCAGGACCCAGAGCUUCCACCAGGACCCAGUACCCAGGCCUUGCACCAGGAGCCAGCACCCAGGCAUUGCACCAGGAACCAGGACCCAGGAUCCAGGACUCAGACCUUGUACCGGGACCCAGGACCCAGGACCCAGGCCUUGCACCAGGAACCAGGAGUCAGGACCCAAGCCUUGCACCAGGAACCAGGACCCAGGAGCCAGGACUUCCACCAGGAGUCAGAACCUAGGACCGAACCAAGGACUGAGGAUCCAGGCCCUUUUACUAGGAGGCAGGACCAAGUACCCAAGAUCCAGGACCCAGGACCCAGGUCUUCCAACAGGAGCUAGGAGUCAGUACCCACUAGGAACCAGGAGUCAGGACCCAGGCCUUCUACCAAGAGCCAGCACCCAGGAGCCAGGAUGGAGGACCCAGGACCCAGGCUGUCUACCAGGAGCCAAGACCAAGGACCUUCCACUAGGACUCAGGACCUACCAUCUAGGCCUUCCACCCGAAGCCAGGACCAAAGACCCAGGCCUUCAACGAGGACCUAGGACCCAGGCCUUCUACUAGGAGCAGGAUGGAGAACCCAGGACCCAGGACUUCUACCAAGAGCCAGAAUGGAUGACCUAGGACCCAGGCCUUCUACCAGGACCCAAGCCCCAGGAUCUAAGCCUUAGGACUUCCAUAAGCCAGGACCCAGGACCCAAGCUUCAGGCUUUAGGACUUCUACCAGGACACAGGACCCAACAUCCCAGCCUCAGGACUUCCACCAGGACCUAAGCCUCAGACCUUCCACUGGGAGCCAGGACCCAGGACCCAAGCCUCAGAUCUUUCACUGGGAGCCAGAAGCCAGGACUCAGGCCUUCUAGGAACCAGGAACUAGGACCCCAACCCUCAGGCCUUCCACCAGGAGUCAGGACCCAGGACCCAAGUCUCAGGCUUUCCACCAGGACUCAAGACCCUAGGACCCAAGACCCCAUCCUCAGGCCUUCCACCAGGACCCAAGCCUCAGACCUUCCACUGGGAGCCAGGACCCAGGACUCAGGCCUUCUGGAACCGGAACUAGGACCCCAACCCUCAGGCCUUCCACCAGGAGUCAGGACCCAGGACCCAAGUCUCAGGCUUUCUAC